AUCGCCCGGUCGCUGGCAUGUGCGUCGGGAGGAGGCGUGUGUGCGUGUUUGCGUUCGCGUUCGAGCCGGCCGGCGGGCGGCGAGUGUGGAACCGCGCGCCGCGAGGGUUGAUCGUCCGCCCGGGGCAGACAUGCUGAGGCGAUGCGCCGAACACCUUCGCGCUCGUGCAGACGCGCGCUGUCGGGCGCGGGAUUGCUGCUGGCCGGCCUGCUGCUGCUGUCGGCCGCGUGGUCCGACGACGAGUCGUCGGCCGUCAAGGGCAUGGAGUUCCUGCGGGAGUCGCGCGAUGCGCGUCGCUACGUGCGGCCGCUGACGAGCACGGCGCUGCUGACGCCGCCCCCCGGCUCGGCCGCGGCGGCGGCGUGCAACGCGCCCCCCAUGGGGCCCGGGCCCGGCGUCGCCUCGUUCGAGGCGAACGACCCCCUGGCGGCCCAGCUGGCGCCCGCGCCCCCGCUGCGCCUGCUCAUGCUGGUGACGUCGGCGCCCGCGCACCACGAGCGCCGCCAGGCCAUCCGCGAGACGUGGGGCGGCCGCAGCGAGGACGCGCGCCUCGUCUUCGUGCUGGGACGCGGCCCGGAGCCGGCCACCGAACCCUCGUCGGAGGUGAUGGCGGAGGCCCAGCGGCACGGCGACCUCUUGGUGGAGGACUUCACGGACGCGUACUACAACCUGACGCUCAAGACGCUGUUCCUGCUCAAUGGCCGGUGCGCGGUGCCGUCUCGCGUUCUGCUCAAACGGACGACGACAUGCUUCAUCCAACACGCGGCGCCUGGUGCGCGCUUCCGCGGCUGGUGCGCAGGCGCGCGCGGGGCGCCAACGCCGCCUGGGCUCCACGCGGCGCGGCGAGGACGCGGCCGCACGCGCGUGGCGCGCGACCCGACGCGCCCGAGCCCCCGCCCCCGCUUAAUCUUCGCGCUCGUGCACCAUCCACGCGCUCCGCUACGCCACCCAAAUCCAAUGUACCUCCCGCGCUGGCUGUUCCCGGAUGACGUGCUGCCCGACUUCGUGUCCGGGACUGCGUACGUGAUGUCUCGGCCGGCGCUGGAGCACCUGUACUCGGUGGCGCUGAACACGCCGCUGCUGCCGCUCGAGGACGUCUUCCUCACGGGCGUCGUGGGCGGCAGCCGACUCGGCAUCCCGCGGGUGCAUAUAUCUCGCUUCUGGCCACACAACACCGUGUUGAAGCCACCGAAGACGAUGGAUCAUCCGUGUCUGUACCAUCACAUGUUGGCCAUGCACCACUUCACUGCGGAGAAGCUACGGCACCUGUGGAACCCGUUGAUGCGGCUGCAGCCCGCACGACAGUGCGACACGUACCUUAUGCGUUUUCUUGGGCGCCUCUUCAGUCCUGGGUCCUACCAAGUUGUGACAGAUGACCCAUGGUGAUCAUUGCUGCAUUUCUUCCAUGAAACAUACCAGACAUACACCAAACAUACCACAAUUUUUUUUGUGAUUCCAUACAAUGAAAGUGGUCACAAACAAUUUAAUAUGUGAUUUGUGAAAAAUGAUCUUCUGCCGAUGAAGAACAGCAUUUUUGCAGUUUUGUGUACUUACACAAUGACAUAAUUUUUAACUUAUACCAUUUUAUGGUAUAUAAUAUUAUGAGUGUAGUCUUCUUAAGGUAUCCUGUGGUUGAAGUGCCUAGGUGGCUGUCAAAUACACACUUUUUGAGCCAGGGUGUGUUUCACAUAUCUUUGUUUGUCUUGCCAUUAUUUAGUGGACAGGAUCUGGCUUGAAAGAGUGGAUUGCAAUUGUUCUGCAGUGUCAAAUUUUUCAUCCUUGUGUAGUGAAGUUCAAUUGAGUGCGGACAUUUUCUCUUUAUCGCAAGCAUUGGAGUUUUGAUUAUUUCUGUUUACUGCUUGUUUUAGUGAAAUUACCUGACUUUGUGUUGAAUUGAAAGUUUGUUAACUCCAUGAAAAUGAAAUUAAUUCUUCACAAUUUGCCUCUGUCUGUGUGCGUGAGUGUUUUGUAAUGUACCAAACUAUGUAUUUAUUUAUUUAUAUAUUUAUUUCAAGUGGCCAAAAAUUGAUAAUGAUUCUCAUAACUUGUGACAUCAUUACAGCUCUCUGAUUCUUAUAAAGAAUACGAUAAUUGAGAUUGUUUUAUGAGAAUUUUUGAAAAUAUUAGAAAUUAUUGAAUGCAUGAAUGGAAAAAUUGUGAACAUCCUACUUGCAUUUAUUCACACAUAGUUGUAUAUUAGCAUAUUGUUUAUUUUGAGAUUUCAAGAAUGAACUGUUCCUUUUAGCUUAAUGCAAAAUCAAUUCUGAUAUUUUUGGUUACAUUAUUAAGUGUGUGUGUUAUUUUCAUUUGAGAAAGAAAUGAAUUGCAAUUAUUGUACUAUUGUUUCAAAGAAAAGUACGUGACAGACCUGACAUGAAAUCAUAAAGCGAUACUUAGAGUAGAAAAUAGUUGACAAAAGGACUAAAACUCCAUAAACAAACCAAAACUUUAUUUUUCUCAUCGUCUUUUUAGUCCAUUAGCUUGUAAUUCUAUUAUUUUUAAAUUAAAAAUGUUAAGGAAAGUUGGUUGAAUAAAAAGAAAAUAUAUUUUGAAUUAGGCAUGGCAGUUCUUUCAAAUAUUGCACCAAUUUAUUAAAAUAAGUUUAUCAAAUAAUUUACAGUGAAUUAAUAUUACAUUGUUGCAGAGAAACUUUCAUUUUUCACGGGCUGUAGUAAUGCAUUUCUAUUGUUUCAAUGAUAACAUAUGUUUAUUUUUAUGAAAGACGUACUAUAGACUUGUGCUCUGCUUAUUAUGUACUAUACAGUAUUAAACUCAGGUUGUGUAGGAAUGUGCAUUGCAUCAUAUUAUUUAUCCUUUAAACUGUUUACAAAGGUUUAGUGAAUACAUAUAUUGCCAAGAAGUAAAGAGAAGAAAAAUCUACCAAAGAAAUCAGUGUAUUUGAGUGAAAGAAAUCUACAAAUUGGGUAGCCUUUCAUUUGUAGAGGUUCAAAAGAUAAUUUUAAGAGACUCUCAAUGAACGGUGAACUCAUAAUAUUAAUUUCUGGCUUAAGUUUUUAAUUUAUGAUCUUUUAAUUUAAUUAAUGAUUGGAUAUUUAGCUUCAGAGAUUUGAAGACAAAUAAAAUUAUUGGGUUAAUAUUAUAGAAAUGUAAUAUCAUUUCAUAUUUUAGUCCUGUAAAGCUUACUACUGUGUUGAGAUGUGGAUUUAUCAAAAGAUUCAACAUCCUGAGGGUUUUCGUAUCAUUUUGACUAUAAUGUUGCAGCUUUCUUCUGGAUAGAAUAAAUUUUUCAUAUAUAUUUAUUACUAAGUUGAUAGUUACUUAUUUGCAAAUUAUUCUGUGAAGAACAUAAUCAUUUUGUAGUUUUUUUACUGAACAAAAAUUGCUGAAAUUUAAUAAUUUAUGAUCGUGUACAUACCAAAGAUUAUCGAGACGGUACAUUUACUUAUUUUAUCUGAUUCUUUAAGUAUUUUAAUGGAUGUUUAAACUAAUAUAGUAGUAAAUAAAUUCUUAUCUAAAGUGAAAUAACACUGAAAACGUACAUUUGCUCAAUUGAUGGUUAUCAAUUUUCAUUUUAAUUAGUAAGUGAUAUUCAAAAUGAAAAUAUGUACAUGAAAUGCAAGUUAGUUGAUACCUCUUUUAUAAGAGUGAAAGGAAGUGUGAGAGAAUUGAAAACAGAAUGAGAGAUGAUGUGAGAAUUUAUUGGAAAUAUUGUCAUUGAAGUUAUUAGAGGAAAGCAAGGUAAAGAUCUAAUUUAUAUAAAUGAUUUGAUAAUCUGAGAGGGAUACAAAAUUUUGACAAUCUUUAUUUGAAAAAUUGUUUUAAUUUUGUUUUUGUAACAUUUUUCACAUCAAUACUACAUGUUCAGAAAAUUAGUUUUGAAUUUUAUAUUGCUCAAAUCUUCCAGAAGAGUUUGUACCACUCUUAAUCCUUACCAUUGUAGAGUAUGUUAUGAUGUCAUGACAUAAUUGUAACUUAUAAUUAUAAUUACAACUUAUAUAUUCUGUAUGUUGAUGUGAAAACUUCUUUACACACUUCUUUGACCCCAGUGAAUAAGAUGAUAAAUGAGAUGAUUAGAUAAGUGAUAGAAAUGUGAUAUUAAAUUACUUUUGUUACUAUAGAACAUUAGUAAAAACUAUAUUUGUGAAGGUUUCAUCAGUUUAGGGAUGGAGGGAUGAAGCUCCGAGAGACCCCAUUUGUGUGCACUGGAUAAAUACUACUGUAUUCCCCAAAUCAGCCACUUUAUUUGUUACUGUUAUAAGUUAAAUUCCUUCUGGUUGCUGAGUACAGAAAGAGUAAAUGUGAAUUUUCUAACGUUAUGUAAAUUUAUGAAAUCGUGAAGCCAACUAGAUAAGUAGAGUUGUCUGAUUCUUCACUCUAGAACAAUGACUGGAUAUCGAAGAUUAACAUCAAAUGAGUUGUUUAUUUAUGCUAUAAAAUUAUUUCAACAAUAACUGGAUUAGAAGAUAAGCUGCUUUCCUCACAAAAUUUAGUUUUCACGAGUUAUCAGCUUAUUCACCAGGAUUGAAGAUUUAUUUUCUCGGUGUUAAAUCAUAGUCAAAAUGUUAAGUUACAUACCAACCUUGUUUUCAUUUAUGUAAUUUGUUUAUAGUUUUAUAUUUUUUUAGAUGUAUCAAAUGCAAUGGUUGUGUUACCUAUGUUUAAUAUGUGUGCCUUUGCUGCUAAACACACGAAUAAUCAUUUAAGUAAUGAGAAGCACAAAUGUGAAUAUGAUUUUUGAAAAGUGUCAUGUACCCAAGGCUCUAUAGUUGUACAAAAAUGAUUUCCAUCUGCAGUAUUUUGUAAGUAAGAAAUGGAGAUGAAGUUUGUUUAUUGAAUUAUACAAGCCUUACAUUGUAUUGUUGAUCUUGUAAUUGCCACCCCUUUUUUAUAUUAUUUUAUUAAUGGUUAAUAAAAAUGUUUCAUAGAAUAUAGAAU